AUGUUAUUUCAAUCCAUCUUAUUCUUUAUCCAAUUUAACGUGAAUUUUGCUCUAAAUUCAACUAUGGAUUAUCAUAUAACAACGAUGAAAGACGGUAUUGAUCUAACGAUAUCUAACCGUAUGCCUUACAAAAACUGUACAUCAUCUUUUCCAACGCUAAUCGAUUUGAUUGCACUGUAUUCGUUUUCUUCCUCAUCGUCGAAUGACAGCAUAGUUAUUCAAUUAGAAGAUAUAAAUAAUCUCAAACUGAUUCAUUUGUGUAUAUCAGUUGACAUCAGGAGUAUAGAGAAACUAGAAAACAUACGUCGUUUAUCUUUUGAAAACUGUUCGAUUCAUUUCACAUCAAGUGAAAACACAGAAGAUUAUGAUUCAUAUCCAAAAAAUCUUUCAUAUUGGUCAUUCAAUCACGGUCAAACAGAUACAUUCAAUCGGUUUGUCACCAUGGUUAACCAUUUAGGACCAUUCAAAUUUGAUUUACACAUCUCGAGUUGUUUCCAGCCCGUUUUAUCUUUCAAUGAUUUCAUUCCGCUCGAAAGUCCAAUGAUUUGUCUGAAUAUAUCUUGUGAAGAGUUUCAAAUUGACGAGCCACAUUCAACGAAAACGCUGUCCGCUAUAUUUCUUACACCAACUAUAAUCAUCAAUACUCAUUUAAGUCCUUGUCCAUCGGUGACGAAAUAUCUUUGGUUAAAUUCUAAACGCGUUCGUACGAAAAUUCAUUUAUUAAGAGCAUUAGUAUGUGAGAAUCGUUUGAUUGAAUUCAAUUUCGAUUCUACCCAAAUAAAGUCUGGAAAUACAACAAAAAUUUAUCGAAUAAGUCGGACGACAGUAUUCUUAACAACAACAACUGCAACUAAAUGGACAAAACCGAUUCUCCUUAACUUCAUUGUUAUUUCCUUGACAAGUCUAAUGUUAAUCGUCUCGCUGACUAUUUUUCUUAUUCGAUUUUGUAGAAAAAUAAAGCAAUAA